AUGUCGCACGACUACGUUCUCGCACGUCUCCUCGUCCACAACGAGCUCUGGGCGAAGGAGAUCACCGCCAAGCACCCCCACUUCUUCAAAGACCUCGCGAAGAACCAGACCCCGAAGGUGCUCUGGAUCGGCUGCGCCGACUCACGCGUCCCCCAGUCCGUCGUGACCGCCUCGCUCCCCGGCGACAUCUUCGUGCACCGCAACAUCGCCAACCAGUUCCACCCCGCGGACGACAACGCGGUCUCGGCGCUCGCCUACGCCGUCGAGCACGUCGCCGUCGAGCACAUCCUCGUCGUCGGCCACACCGGCUGCGGCGGCGUCAAGGCCGCGCAGGACGCCGCGGGCCACGAGCCCCCCGCGCCCCCAGAGACCCCGCUGGACCGCUGGCUCGCGCCGCUCGUCGCGCUCGCGCGCGCGCACCCGGGCGGGGACCUCACCGCGCUCGUCGAGGCAAACGUGCGCGCGCAGGUGGACGAGGUCGUGAAGAGCGACGUCGUGACGGAGGCGUGGGCGAAGGACGAGCCGAAGGGGCUGGAGGUGCACGGGUGGGUGUACGAGCUCGAGACAGGCCGGCUGCGCGACUUGGACUACGGCUUUGGGAAGCAGGGGCGGCUGUGA